AUUCUUGACAUUCUUCCCGCGAUCUUGAUUCUUUCCCGCCAUUCUUCUAAACAAGGGUGUAGGUACCACAAAGCCUCUUUCUUGACACCGGACAGUCGACAGUAAGAACCAGGACACUUUUUAAUGCAAAUAGCUGGAAGAAAAUGAUACUCAAACUGCGACCAUAUGGUGGCAACUUUGCUGAGGUCGCCAUUGAAAUAUCUAAAACUUUGUUGGUCUCCGAUCUGAUCGCUGAAGCCAGCAAUGCAUUUCAAACUAAGCCAAACAGCUUGGAGCUUUUCUUCUGCGGGAAAGUGUUGCUGAUAGAUCAUCCCUUGCUCUACUACAAAUUGAAAGACAAUGAUGUGAUUGGUGUUCGCAUCAAAGUAGGAGACGUCAUUCCCUGUCACAGCUCACUUGUGAAAGACAGUAAAUUCUGCGAAGAAAUUGAGGACAAGUUGUGCACAAGCAAAUACUUUAAGGCAGGAGAUAAAAUUUACUAUCAGAGUCCGCAAAAUGGGCAGUGGCAUGAGGCAACGGUCUUGUCUGUCAUAGGAGAGGACAAUGAAAACUCGUCUCCAAACUCUGAAUCUAAAGAUAGUGUUACCUACAACAUUCAUGAUGGAACGACCAACAAAGAUCUGGUCAUGCAGCUGAAUAGGCUGCGACCAUGCAGCGCGGUCGAGUACACCGCCCAUGAUCUGAAGGUGGGAAUGAAAAUUCUAGCUUAUGUGGUGCUAUCUGACAGUCAAAGAGGAUGGUACCAAGUGGAGAUUACCAAGGUGGAGCCAGGACGGAACCAGUUCCCCAAGGUCUUCGGCACCGUGGUCGUUUCUGCCGAGACCACAUAUCCAAGGCAGAAGAUUGACUUCAAGUACAGAACGGUCCAAUUCCCAGAACUUCUGCCGCGAGAAGAGUGGAUAAAUCUGAUCAGCGACAAAUCUCUAACCAUUCCAUGCAAGCACUGCUUCAACCACCCCACUCAAAAGUGCAUGGAGUGCAGCUGCGUGAUCUGUGGUGGUAAACAUGACGAGGACAAGCAGCUCAUUUGCGAUGAGUGUGAAGACGCCUACCACAUGGAAUGCGCCUCCCCGCCUGUUAGCGAGAUCCCAGAAAAUGAGUGGUUCUGUCACAACUGCUCUCACGUUGACCAAGAUCUGCAGAAAAAGUAUGAAGUACAAACCGAGGUGAAAGUAAAGAAAAUCAAGGAGUGUGUCGACAAGGUGAAACAGAACAAGCGUGACUGGGGAAAAGGACUGUCCACUGCUGCUGUGUCAGAUAAAUUCUGCGUGGUGCCUAAGGAACACUUAGGCAAGAUACCUGGCGUGCCAAGCGGCAGAUUGUGGCCCUCAAGACAUGAUGUGAGCCGAUUCGGAGUGCACCGACCGCUGGUGGCAGGCAUUUGCGGCGCGACCGACAUGGGCGCGCAGAGCGUCUGCUUCUCAGGCGGCUACGAGGGCGAUUAUGACAAGGGUAACAUUUUCGUCAUGUCAGGCAGUGGCGGCCGGGACCUGGGCACUAACAAACGCAUCAGCAAGCAGUCCCACGCUCAAAUUCUCACAGGCCCCAAUUUAGCCCUGGCGCAGUCUUGCUACUCCAAGGUGGACCACGUGAAUGGCGCCAAGUCCACAAACUGGAGAAAAGGGCUGCCCAUCAGGGUAGUCCGCGGCUACAAAUUGGCCAAAAUCUCGAAUUACGCCCCUCCUGAAGGCUAUCGAUAUGACGGCAUCUAUAAAGUGGUUAGGUACUUCCAAAAGGAGGUCAACGGCAACCUGAUGUGGAAGUUUGAACUUCGCAGAGAUGACCCAGAGCCUCCGCCAUGGACCUCAUCUGGCUUGGCUUUCAUGAUUACCAUGAGCGUCGGUGCCAUGGAGGGCACACGCUUGAUCGAGAACAUUAAGAAAAGAAAACUUGCGUACGAGUGUGUGGAUGUGAAACGCACUAAGAUCGCUUACGUCAUGCCACCAGCAGUAGCCACUUUAAUUAAGGAGGAUACAUUGAACCAGAGAAACUGGAUGGCAUUGCAGACCUCUCUCGACUUGGGCUACCCUGAAUUCAUCCGGGCUGUGGCUGAGCAGUUUGUGUGCGUCAUCUGUCAAGAGGUAGCCAAAGACCCUUUCACAAUGAAGUGCGGACAUAACUCAUGCAUUAAAUGUAUGGGCAAAUGGCUGAAGUCAUCAGCGAGAGCAUACUGUCCCUUCUGUCAGGCGGACGUUGACAGUAAGAGUGUCAAGGUAAACAAGCCGCUGGACAAAGCACUGAAUGCACUGCUACCUGGAUACAAUCCAAAGCAGCCACCACCCAAACCCUUCAGCUUGGUCAGAAAGUCUGACUGAUUACUCCCUUACCAACAUGACACGUUGUGAUGCUAUAUAUAUUUAUCUCCAUGCUCAGGCCACCUAAUAUUAGAAAAAUCACAAAUUUAAUUAAAUAUGGGACACUUUUUGCCCUGAAUUAUUGACAUGAUGACGAGUCAAAUUUGUCAUUUACAUUUUUAAUGGUUGAUAUGUUUUCACAACGCUUUAAAAGAAAAAAUGUUUGUGCGGGGCCUUUAUAUGGAUUUUCAGCUCCAAAUUAUGGAAAAACGUUUUAAAUCACCACCAUCAUAGAGCAUAAAAUGCUAUUCUACAGCUUUAAAUCAAAGCUUCAAUAGAUCCCUUUUUUGUUGUUAGGGUCUUCGCUUUAAACUCCUUUUGUGGGAUUCUAUGAAUUUGCGUAGAUUAAACGCUCUACUUCUAAUCAAAUCAGUGGAAGCUAAUUAUUUCUAGUAUUUUAACUGGCGAUAAAUAUAUUUUGUUCUUUUGAACAGCUUUACAAAAUGAUGGCUCCAAAUGUUAAAUUGGUGUGAAAAAUAGCCCUUUUUAUGAGUGAUUUCAAAUUCUGCUGGAACUCACUUGAGCUAACAAGGUUGAAACUCUCCAGCUGAAGAAGAGCAGAGUGUUUCCAAACAAGUUGGAACAAAUCUGCUAAUUAACAAAAAUUGUAUCUUCGCUUCGGAUAAUAUAAAACUUUAGUCAUUUAUUUCCUUAAUAAUGAUUUAAAUGCAUGCAAAGAGACAUUCCGCUAUAGCGUAGAUUUUAAACCUGCCAAGAUUACAUUGUUUCUGUUCAUUCCAUACUAGUUUUUAAUAAAAUAAAAACUAAAUAUAA